CAAGCAAUGGCAAUAACAAAGAACAUUUAAAUUGUGAUACUAUACAAUGCGUCCUCGAAGGAAGUCUUUCGUUUAUUUGCCCUUGUGCAUGUUAUUAUUAGUCACAAGUUGCCAUGGAAACCAGAACGAGGAUACGGAGACUUACUUGAGUAAAUUUAUAGCCGAUAUUUGGCUAGAAGGAGGUGACAUGGUUCGAAUAAUUUGGAGAGAUUGUUCUAAGAAGUUAAUGGAAGUGAAAGACGUUAUUGACCACAAGGAGUAUUUCCCCAAAUUCAUGAGGUGCAUGAAAAGGAAGACACUCCGCGCUAUAGAUCGUUCACUAAGCCCCGACGUUGUGCCUAUAGCGGAAGGUGUUAGCUUGGUUCGGUUCGAGCUUGUCGAUCGUUCGGGAAAUAUUUUACCGGAAAACGACACUAAUAGUUCAUGGACAGAAAAGGAGUUGGAAGAAAAUGAUUGGCGCACCUUAGCCUUAAAGAGAAUGGCAAAAAUUUUGCGAACUCAUGUCAUCAAAUUCGAUUUUGAAGAGGGAAAAUCUGUUGAAAAAUUUGAAUUUCGCGGGCGUAGACGUCACCACAUGAUGACCAUGAUGAUGUUCGGCGUGGUCUCCAUUGGUAUGGUGGUUGUGCCAAUGGGAUUCCAAUUUCUCGCUGUCCUCGGAGGGAAAGCGCUCCUUCUUGCUAAAAUGGCACUCAUUCUUGCUUCCAUACAAGGACUUAAAAAGGUCGCUGCUAGUCCGCUGAAUUACGGUUUCUACCACACGUAUCCACCCUACGAACACUUCGAGAAAAGAAGCCGCGAUGACUGGCCCCCACCAGCUGUUAUGCCCACCACACCGUCGCCUUCAAUCAUUGCACAGAGUCCCUGGUCGAAUCCCGAAAAUGGAAACAUUAAAGCCGACAGAGUACACAUAGCGAAAAUUCCUCAAGAAGCCAAGAGCUCAACAAAAGAGGUGCAUUGGAAGCCCGAAAUACCUAAAGCCGUUAAAAAAGAUUCAGAGCCAAGAUUGUAUCCGGUUUAUAACGGACUUGCACAUAGCCCCACAGCCGUCUACUCCGCCAUAGAUGCACCGGCUCCUCUAAUAGACUUAACUACGAGACCGGGAGAAGUUCAAGCCGAUCUCGCGUUAGAUCUGCCGUACAAUAACUUUCGCUUUCAAAGUCCCACUCCUGUGGUUUCAGCUUGAUGUGUUCGUGCGGUUGUUCAAGGCUCUGUACAACGUUGUUACUGGAAUUUAUUCUUAUUUAGCACAAGUUUUA